AUGUCUGUAGUACCUAUAAUCGGCGAAGGAGAGUUCGAAAUUGAUGAUGAAGAAGUUGAGCGAGAAGAGUUUGAACUCGACGAAUUGUUGCGAAAUUUCGUGAGUGAGCCGCCAAUUCAGCAUGACGUCUUGCCUGAGAGUGAUGAAGAUAAUGAGGAAGAAGAAGAUCCUGAAGCCCCACAGAGAAUGAGGACGCAUAUACGCCGUGGUGAUGGGCAUUUGUACCGAGACCAGACAUUCUUCAAUGGUGUGGCUUUCAAAGACAGAGUCCUCGAUUAUGCUCUUAGGACUCGCUGCAAUAUCAGACAAUACAGGUAUGAUAAGGAUAAGCUUGGUUUCGAAUGUGCUGGUCAUGAUAACCACACAUGUGAGGUUAAUGGAGAGUGUGAGAUGGUGAAGGUCCCUGUGAUAGCUAGUUUGUUUGUGAACAAGAUCCGUGAAGAGCCGGCAUACUAUAUGCCUAUGAAGAUCGAGGAAUUGAUCAUGGCAAAUUGGUCUAUUAGUGUGUCUAGGCCUCAGUGUCAAGCUGGUAGGAAUAAAGCUUUGAAGUGGAUUAAGAGUGAACAUGAUCAACAGUUUGCACGCCUUAAAGAUUAUGCUGCCGAGAUAGUAGAAUCAAAUCCUGGUUCUUCUGUUGAAGUAGACACGUUCCAGAAUGAUGAAGGUCAAGAUGUCUUCAAUCGGAUCUAUAUUUGCUUUGGCGCCCUCAGGAAUAAUUGGAAGGAGAGUUGUAGGCCAUUGAUAGGACUUGAUGGUUGCUUCCUCAAAGAAAGAAUCAAGGGACAGUUAUUGGUUGCUUUAGGUAGAGAUGCAAACAAUGCAAUUUAUCCAAUAGCUUGGGCUGUUGUAAAGGUGGAAAAUAACGAGAAUUGGCAAUGGUUUAUGCAAAAACUGAAGGUUGAUUUGGAUCUAAAGGAUGGUGACAAUUACAUUGCUGUCUCAGACCGUAGCCCGGGAUUGAUCAGAGCUAUUAAGAUAGAGUUGCCUAAGAUGGAGCAUCGGAAGUGUGUAAGACACAUCUACGGGAAUUUGAAGAAGAAACAUGGCAACAAAAAACAGAUGAAGUCUUACAUAUGGAGUGUAGCAUGGAGCUACAAUGAAGCAAAGUAUCAGCAAAACUUGGACAGGUUAAGUUUCUACGAUACAGGUGUGUAUACAGAUGUUAUGGCUACAAAUCCGAAGAGUUGGUGCCGAGCUUUCUUCAAGCUGGGAAAUUACUGCGAAGAUGUGGAGAACAACUCGACAGAGUCCUUUAACAGCUCCAUCAACAAGGCAAGAGAGAAGCCAUUUGUGCAUAUGCUCGAAACAAUAGCAAGACUUGCUAUGGUACGUAUAGCCACAAGAUCCAGAGAAUCACAUGAACACCAAGGAAAAUGUACACCAUAUGUGCAGAGAGUUCUCGCUAAGGCUCUUGUUGAUAAGCCCUUUAAAGACGGAGCCAACAAAUGUGUUGUUAGAAGAAGCGUUAAAGGCUACUUUGACUCAAGAAUGAAUGGCCAAACUCAUCGUGUCCAUUUGGAGAAAAGAACUUGUUCGUGCAGGAAGUUCGACAUCACUGGAAUUCCAUGUAAGCAUGCAUAUGGUGUGAUGCUGAAGUUAAUGGUUGAUCCGUCCGACUAUGUUUGUGAGUGGUUUCGCACGGCUAAGUGGAGAAGAAACUACACAGAUGGAAUUGUUCCAGUCAGGGGUUCUAUGUUUUGGCCCAAAACAGAUGCUCCUGAUGUACAUGCUCCACCUGUAGAGGAUGAACAAGGGGAAGAAACAGAGGGAGAACGAGGGAAAGAAACAGGGAAGAAGAAGAAGAAGCUCACCAAAGCGGAUAAGACAAGGAAAAGAGGUGUGAAUGAGUCACCAACCAAGAAGCUACCAAAAGCCAAGAAAAGGACUAUGCAUUGUGGCAUUUGUGGUAAGGCUAAUCACAACUCGAGGUGGCAUGCAAAGCAGGGCAAGCAUGAUGAUUUGGUUCCGGUAAGCACAUCUCAAACUGCAGGUGAAUCCUCACAAGGAACUCUCACUCAAGCUAGUGUUUCUCAAGCUUGA